CUUUAUCAUCUCCUUCAACUAUUUAACCGGUUUCCAUUAACCAGUGUAUCUUUAUUUUAAGAGAUUGUUUAUUUAAUAGAUUUUAACAAUGGGCCUAACUAUCAGCUCUAUUUUUCAAAGCCUAUUCGGGUCUAAGCAAGUCCGAAUUUUGAUGGUUGGUUUGGAUGCUGCUGGUAAAACAACCAUUUUAUACAAGCUCAAACUUGGUGAAAUAGUAACUACAAUUCCUACGAUAGGUUUUAAUGUGGAGACGGUGGAAUAUAAAAACAUCAGCUUUACUGUUUGGGAUGUAGGAGGUCAAGACAAAAUUAGACCUUUAUGGAGGCAUUAUUUCCAAAACACACAAGGCCUUAUAUUUGUUGUUGACUCAAACGAUAGAGAAAGAGUUGGAGAGGCUCGGGAAGAAUUGAAUCGCAUGUUAACUGAAGAUGAGCUCAGAGAUGCUGUUCUCCUUAUUUUCGCCAACAAACAGGACCUUCCUAAUGCAAUGAAUGCCGCUGAGAUUACCGAUAAACUUGGUUUACAUUCCCUCCGAAGUCGCAAUUGGUACAUUCAAGCAACUUGUGCGACAAGUGGUGAUGGUCUUUAUGAAGGUCUGGACUGGCUUUCAAAUCAAUUAAAGGGUCAAAAGUAAACACCUUGUCACCUUUAGUUUCUCAAUCCUGAUUAAUUACAAACUUAAGAGCAAUUAUAAUUAAUAAAUUUUUUUAACCAUCGUAUACACCAAGUUAAAUACACCAAUUAUCUCUUGAUGUGGCAAAUUUUACAAUCCAUUUGAAUCACAGUAAAACCUUGCUUGAUACAUAAAAUCCUUCCAUCUAUCGUCAAACAAUUGUAAACAGUUGGCAAUCAGUAAGUAAAGUAGUGUGUCUAUUAGUCAAUAAAA